CAAGUGAAGUGAGCCAUCCUACAGUGGAUUUCACUAUAUAUCAUUCCACUGAGUGUCCUAAGAAGCAUAUAUGAUAGCAGUAUGCAUGGCUCAUUCUUUGAUUAUUGCAGGAAAAAGCCACUUAAAUGGAUAAUUUAGUUGAAAGUUAUGCUAACUCCUACUUACACCAAGUAAAGCUAGUUAGUGCAGAAUGUGGACACUGAUCAAUGAAGUCAUGUACAGGUGGUGAGAGUGGCAAAGAGUUAGAUUUUGGUGGCACGAAAUCAUUUAGGGAGUUGUUUUAGAUGGUGAGAACUUCAGCAUUUAAAGCCACACUAUUCAACUAUUAAUGCAAGGUCUGCCCUCCUUUUAAAUAGGGUUGGAUGAAGACAUUUAAGAACACUCUUUAAUAUUUGCACCCUCUCCUGCACGAUCCAAUAUAUCAAAAGGAUGUGAGAAGCUUCCAUUUUCUGUUCAUUCCCUCCCUCCCAUCCCUUCCUCUUCUUCCUCCCCCUCCCCAAAGUUCUCUCUCUCUCAUAUUUUUCAUUCUUUUUUUGUAGCAACCCAUGCUUCUUUUGCUUUAUGCAUAUGUAGAUUCUUCACUAGGCUAGUUUUGGAUGAUCAAAGGGUUUCUACAAAGUUCUCAGAAUCAAUCCAACUUAAUGGGAGAGAAUCAAAAGCUGAGCAAGGGGAGAGGCUGGAGACUGAUGGAUCAGACCCGGCUAUCAUUAGGUCCACAUGCAUCGAUCUUAAGCCAGAAGACACACAGCUUAUCUUCAGAAUCAGAUGGAAAUGUUGGAAGGAAGAGAAAACAAAUUUGUCAUGAGGUUUCAAGCCCAACUAGCAUUGAGCUUCAGCUUAAUGAUCCCUUGCCACUUGAAUGGGAACAAUGCCUAGACCUACAAUCUGGAAGGAUGUACUAUUUGGACAGGAAAACCCUGAAGAAAAGUUGGAUCAGGCCCAAGGAACAUGAACUAGAUUUGGAUCUCAACAUCUCAUCCUUCUCAAGCUCAGAAGAGCAAUCCAACUUGACAAAUUCAGAUGAAGCAAAGAAGCAACCUAAUUCAUGUGGCAGCAUGGUCGCGGUAGUCUGCAUCAACUGUCAUCUCCUCGUCAUGCUCUGCGAGUCAUCUCCUUCAUGCCCCAACUGCAAGUUCAUGCACUCGCCACUACCAUCUGCAAUGCUGCAAGCGCCUCCUCGGAAGCUCAAGGCUGUCAAGCCAUUGGAAACCCUACAUCUCCUACAUUAG